AUGACCAUAUCUCUCGGUGCCAAGAACAAAAGGGAAUUUGUAGAUGGUUCUCUUCCCAAACCCCCAUCAACAGUUCCCAUUCAUAGCUCCUGGUUAAGAUGCAACAACAUGGCCAUGUCAUGGAUCUUAAUUUCCAUUUCCAAUGAAAUUACGGAUUUAGUGAUGUACCUCAAGACAGCUGUGGCUAUAUGGCAAGAAAUCACUGAUCGAUUUAGCGAAGGGAACGAUCCUCGCAAUUUUGAAAUUAAGCAAGUUCUUUCUCAACUUUGGCAAGGAGAUGAUGCUGCCAGUGCCUACUUUUGCAAACUCAAGGAUCUUUGGGAUGAAAUAAAUGAAUACCACUCAUAUACAAUCUACAAUUGUGAAGGUGGCAAGAACAAUCUCGAUUUGUACAAUCGGGAUCAGGUUUUGCUAUUCCUAGCUCGUUUAAAUGAGUCUUUUCACUCCAUUAGAGGUCCAAUUAUAUUGAUUGAACCUUUUCCCUCUCUUGCUAAGGUUUUUUCUAUGGUCAUUCACGAUGAAAGGAAACACAAGAUUGGCACAUCUAUUACUAACAAUCUUGUUGCCACCAUAGUUACUCCAAAGACUCAGAAUCCAUCUCUGAAUUCACCACAUAAUCCCAAUCCUCCAUCCACUCUUUCGACUACUGCAACUUCAAGAACUAAGAAACCAAGAUAUACUUGCUCUCACUGUCACAUACCAUAG